AUGAUUAAAUUUGCAACAAGAACCAUUAAUUAAUUUAUGCAACAAUAAAAAGAUUUAUUUGCUCACUACAAGCAGCCAUCAAUUAAAGAGGACUCUUACGUAACAGGCUUGAAACUUGCCAAUUCUUUGAAGGGAAGUGAAUUAGUCCCAUUCAUUCCUAUAAAUGGCAGAUAAGUGAAGUAUGGUAUAGGUUUUAAAUGCAAGCUUUUAUUAUUGUGGUCCCACAGUCUACAGCAACUCCCAUUUGGGCCAUGCAAGGUAAUGCUAUAAUUGAUAGUUUAUAGAACAUAUUUGGGAAUUGAUGUAAUAAGAAGAACCUUAAGAGAUUACUUUAAUUAUGAUCUUUUGAGUGUUAUGAAUAUCACAGACAUAGAUGAUAAAAUUAUUAACGGAGCAAAAUAAGCCAAAUAAGACUUUCUUGAAUUCACAAAGGUUUGGGAGAAGGACUUCUUUUCCGCCAUGGAAGCACUCAAUAUAGAAUUGCCUGAUGUAAUAACUAGAGUCAGCGAUUAUGUUCCAGAGAUUGUGACAUUCAUUGAGAAGAUUAUUGCUAAUGGAUAUGCUUACGAGAGUAAUGGAAGUGUGUAUUUCGAUGUUCAUAAAUAUUUGGCUGAUGGAGUAAAUAUUUCAUUUUAUAUUGCAGCAUACAUAUCCUAAAAUGAGACCAGAGAUGAAUGCUGAUUUAUUACAAGAGGGUGAAGGGGAAUCAUAAGCCAACAAAUAAUCAGAAAAAAGAAGUCCCAAUGAUUUUGCUUUAUGGAAGGCCAGCAAACCAGAGGAACCCAAAUGGCCUAGUCCAUGGGGAGAAGGUAGACCAGGAUGGCACAUUGAAUGCUCAGUUAUGGCUAGUGCUAUUUUGGGCAAUCCUAUUGAUUUGCAUGCAGGUGGCAUUGAUUUGAUAUUCCCUCAUCAUGAUAACUCUCUUGCACAAGCUGAGGCAUGUUUCAAUUGCGAUCAAUGGAUCAAUUAUUUUAUUCAUCUUGGUCAUCUUAAUAUAGCUGAUCGUAAAAUGUCUAAAUCUCUUAAGAAUUUCCUCACCAUUGAGGAAGUCCUCAAGAGAUAUACUCCUCGAUAGAUCAGAUUAAAUUUUGCAAUCCAUCAAUAUGAUGCAGUGAUGAACUAUUCUGAAGAGCAAGUUGAAUAGGCUAUUUCAAAAGACAAGGCUUAUCAAGAAUUCUUCCAAAAUACUAAGAUCUAUUUGAGAGAAUCCGAAGUCACAGGUCCUUAGAAGUGGACUUAAAAUGACUUUUAAAUCAGUAAUUUACUAAGAAAUACUAAAUAAAUUGUCCAUGCAGCUUUGCUUAAGAAUUUUGAUUUCCCAACUGUUGUAGAUGCAAUUGACAAAUUAAUUAACUAAGUUAAUGUACAAAUCGCAGGCAAAACAGUCAAAGCCCCAUUAGUUCAAAGUGUUGUUCAAUAUGUCGAUUUUAUUUUGGGAGUACUAUAUUUGUUAAUGAAUUUAGUUAUUAGGACUCAAUUAUUUAAUCUAAAAUAAUAAUUAGACAGAAAUCAAGUCAAUAAUGGCUGAAGUAUGCUCCAUUAGAGACUAAGUGAAAUUGGCUGCUAGGAAGGGGGAGUUUGAAGCAAUUUCAAAUAUAGUCACUUUGAAGCAAUUCUAGUAUGAGAAGAACUUAUCAAAUGGAAUUGUGGAUUACAUCAACCAAUUUUAAUAACAGGUCUUGGCUGCUUCUUAAGAAAAGAAUAAAUAGCAAUUGUUUUCAUUAUGUGACAAACUGAGAGACGAAUAAUUAUUUGAGUUAGGAAUUAAGAUAGAAGAUAAAGAUAAAGAUCAAGUAUAAUAUUACAUAAUAUAAUAAGCCAUCCAUUUGGAAAUAAUAUGAUCCAAAGGAAUUGAAAUUGGAGAAAGAACAAUAAUAAAAAUUGAUUCAACAAAAAGAAUUGAUUAAGAAGAAGGAAGAAGAGAAAAAGAAAUAAGAGGAGUUAGAGAAAUUAGAAAAGGCAAAGAUUCAUCCCAAAGACAUGUUCCUAUCUUAAGUAGAUAAAUACUCAGAGUUUGAUGAAAAAGGCAUACCAGUUAAAGAUAAGGAGGGAAAUGAAUUAUCCAAAAAAUAGAAAAAGGUUGUUUAGGAACUAUGGGAAAAACAAAAUAAGAUUCAUAAUCAAUAUUUAGAGACAUUAAAGAAAUAAUAAUAAUAAUGA